AAGAUCAACGGCUAAGUAAAACAACUGUCUCCCACAUAUUAAACGCGGGGAGUACGCUCCACCGGUAUAAGCUAACGGAGGAUAUAAAAUCUCUUCUUUCUUAUUGGCUAAAAGUCUCAGAGAUUUUAUCCAAAAAUAGUUUUUAUUUUUUCUGUUUUGUGAAGGAGAAGAAAAGAAACCAUUUGUUUUCUUUAGCUUCUUGUUUCUUCUUCGGCUGAGAGGCAAUGGCGGAGGAGCAAAAGACGCCUAAAGUUGACGUGGAAUCUCCAGCGGUUUUAGCUCCGGCGAAGGAACAUACUCCUGAUCCGGUGGAAGCUUCUAAAGACGUGGCGGAGGAGAAAGUUCAUACUCCACCUCUUGCCGACGAGUCCAAAGCUCUUACCGUUGUUGAAAAACCCAUUGAGGAGUCCACACCAAAGAAAGGUUCGGUCGAUAGAGAUGUGAAACUGGCAGACUUGGAAAAGGAGAAGAAAACAUCAUACAUCAAAGCAUGGGAAGAGAGUGAGAAGUCAAAGGCUGAGAACAAGGCGCAAAAGAAGAUAUCUGAUGUGCUUGCUUGGGAGAACAGCAAGAAAGCAGCCACUGAAGCUCAACUCAGGAAGAUUGAAGAGAAACUAGAGAAGAAAAAGGCAGAGUAUGGUGAGAAAAUGAAGAACAAAGUGGCGGCUAUUCACAAGCAAGCAGAAGAGAAGAGAGCAAUGGUUGAAGCUAAAAAGGGUGAAGAGCUUCUCAAAGCUGAAGAAACUGCUGCUAAGUAUAGAGCCACUGGUAUCGUUCCCAAGGCAACUUGUGGAUGUUUCUAAAGUCUUUUAUUAAAUCUGUUUCUCAUGUCAUUGUUUGUGAUAAUUCCUCUCUCUUUUUUUUGUUGUGUGGUUCGGUUACUUUUUUUAAUAGUUGGUAUUUUGUUUGUUUGCUGUCUUGUUUAUAUAUUGGUGAUUGUGUGUAAAAAAAAACAAGGUGAAAGAUUUUAUGGAGAAUUUUCUGUAAUCAUAUGAAGCGUACAUGAUUACGCUGUCAUGUAUAAUAUUAUCAGACUUAAAUAAAACUAGCAACGGGCAAGACAAAG